AUAAAACGAAUCUGUGCAUUUCAAAGAAAGACAUCCAUUAAGGUGAAUCACACGUUAAUCGUUAUUACAAACCUGAUCAAAACAUGCUGUGUAUUUUUUACCACUGGUUAUGACUGUUUACCAACGCUACUGGUAAAAAAUGAGCUUUCAAGGCUGUAGCACACCAUAACUCACACUGCACAUCAUGUAAACUAAUUAACUGUAACAUUAUGGGGCUGGAAAAACACUUGUGGUGCUAGGAAGUGCUAACGAUCAUAUAUUUUGUUCUUAAAUACGGAAUUUCUGACCUCCUAAUUGCCCAAUUUUCUCUUUGAGGCAUUUUAUUGCAGGACUUUUUUUUAUCAGUUUACAGCAACAGUAGCCAACAACAUCCAAGCAGGGCUGGGAUGCUCUGAUAGCACAACUGAUCCACUGACCUCUAGUCCCAGAGCUGCUCCACUCUGGCUUUCCGAUACUCAUCAGUAGGAAAAGGCUGGCAAGAUGCUGAUCCUUGGCUAAUCUGUGCUUUCCCAAUGCCAUUGCCCCUCUUCUCUGUCUUUUGAGUAAGGCCCUCUGUCCGUAGACAACUGCAAAGCAAAUAGCUAUGGAUGCAAGGUGUGGAACAACAGCAGCAUCUCCAUAGCUUGCUACAGCAAGCUCACCGUGCUCAAAGCCCCACGUGCUCAGCACACAGUGCCCUUCUGCUCAGCUCUGCCUGCACAGCACAGGGGCUGCCUGGCCCUCAGCCUGCUCUGAAGUAUGAUGCACAGCUGCCAGCAGCACGAGGGGAUGCUCAGCAGGAGGACGAAGCAGGGAUGUGCAACUGAGUGUGCCCAUGGAAGAAGUCAAUUCCCAUCUUUAUUUGGGAUCACAGGCAGAGCAAGGCCCCACAUCACUUACGCGGUGCUAACAGGCACAACUGGGCAACGGGCUGCAAAGGAAAUGCAUGGAGAUGAAACCCAUUACCUACAAAACACGUAAUAAACAUUUUUGCAGCACAUAUGCAUUAACAGCACCGAUGUAAGCCCAUUUCCUAUAAACAUGUUAUGCUACAAGUAUUCCUACUGUAAAACAGUUACACGGUCCUAAGAUGUCUUUAACACCCAAACCAACCCCCGAGGCACUUAAAACAUCACCACAAACACAAUUGGUUCUGGCAAACAUGAGGUCACCCUGCAGCGAGCUGCUGCCCAGUGGAGCGGAUGGGCCGCCCCUAUAAAUGGGAGCUUCCAGCAGCAUUCCCCACCUCAGCCCCACACAGCACUCCUUCGCUGCCCUUCCAGCCCCAAAACCCAGAAUGAAGAGCACACUGCUGGCCAUGGCUGCGCUCUGCCUGCUGGCUGUGCUGCACAGAGCCGAAGGGGAGGGCAACGCUGUGAAGCUCUGUGGGAGAGACUUUGUCAGAGCCAUCGUCUUCACCUGCGGCGGCUCCAGGUGGAAGAGGGAUCUGGCUAAUUACCAAUACCUGUUUGCAGAGAGCAGCGAGAGCUCCCCGUCCUCGUCCCAGGAGAGUGGCGGUUCCUCGGAGCCCUCCCCAUUCUCAGCACAGGGGCUGGGGGCUGUUGAUGAGCAGAGCCAGGAGGGCAGAAGCCAGGAGGAGCGCGAUGUGCAGCGCGGCAGGAAGGUGGCUGUGCUCAAGAAGCGCGAGGUGGCCAAACUGCUCACCACGUCCUGCUGCAGCGUCGGCUGCAGUGAGAGGGACAUCAGCCUGCUGUGCUAACGCAGCUGCUGCCGGGGA